AUGUUUUGCGAGAAAUUUCCGAAUAAACUUCAAGAUCAAAGCGUUUUAAUUGAUAUUGGAUGUGGAGAUGGAGCAACUCUUGCUUCUAUUAUCAACGAAUUUCCUAUUAAAUUCAAACGAAUUCUUGGUUUAGAUAUUUCUGAAGAAAUGUUGAAAUUUGCAAGAGAAACUUACAGCAACGAAGUGUUGAAAUUUCGUCAACUCGAUAUGAACGAAAUGGAAUCUCUUUCAAAUGAAAUGUUGAACCAAAGAAUUGGCAUUAACUACGAAUCUGCUGAUAUUGUUACAUCGUUUUUUUGCCUUCAUUGGUUCGAAGAUUUGAAAAAAACUUUUGGAAGCAUUGAAAAGCUCAUAAAACCAGGAGGAUUUCUUGUUAUCAAUUUUCUGAUAAAUGUUAAAGCGAUGUCAGAGGGCUACAUCGAAGUUUCGCAAAGGGAGAAAUAUCUUCCGUUCAAAAAUGAAGCGAAAACUCCGAUUUACCCAUUAAAACAUGUUGAAGAUCCUUGCAAAGUUAUGAAAGAAAUGUUAAGUGAAGUGAAACUUGAUGUUAAAAUUGUGAACUAUGAGAAAUUUUCCUAUGAUUUUGAAAAUCGUUCUAAUUUUUAUGGUACUGUAAAAAGUGUUUAUAACAUAUCACCGAACAUGCCUGAAGAGUUGAAGGAUGAGUUUUAUAAAGAUUUUUUGGAUAGCAUGGAGACAUUCAUUGAUCAGUCCGAUGGCGGAUAUGGGCUUAAUUUGGAUUAUUUGUGUCUGAUUGCUGUUAAGAGUGAAUAAUCAAAUUAUUAAGAGUAAAGUUCAGCCAAUCUCACACUUUUAUUAUGAUUAAAUAUCAGAGAACGGUGAAGAUAGUUUUUAUUAUUCGCAUAAUAAUUUAUUAUAUGAGAUUAACUGAAUUUAAUAAAUCAAUUUUAUUUCAAUUGCUUGAAAACUAAAGGAAAUUAUCUGAGAUAAGUGAUAUUUGAUAACUGACUAUGUAAUUGGC